CCUUCGCUCUGUGACAAGGAGAGAGCAAUCUACCCUCUGCAGUUCCUGUGAGCUUUUCUGCUGGAGGCUCUGAGAAAGCAAAUGUGAGAUGCUAUCCAAAAGCAGGACUGUGUGAGCCCACUGAACCUAGUGAUGCUGCACUCUCAUGGAUGUAUGAACGUGAUAGUGCAGAAGAUACCAGCAUCAGGAAAUCUCUUGAUGGCUUCUAUAAAAUGUAUUGCAAGAAGUGGCCAGACAGAAUGGAUCCCACCUAUGAGGCUGCAUCACGAUGUCUGUCACAGAAGAUUUCAGAGCUAGCAAACAGGGAUGGAAAAAAAUACGCAUUGCGUUGCCUGCAAAUGGCCCAGGUGGUCUUGAACAGAGAUGGGUGUAAGAUCUUUCCAAACCACCCCGCUACUGCUUGUUUUUCAAAGCCAGCUGAAGAAGUUGCAUUGGAAGACAGGAAGAGAACACCUGGACUUUCAGACGAUGUUCUGCAAUUCCUUUUGAAACAAACACAGACAGAACGUAGCCCUGAUGUGUCACAUGAGAAGUGAGCAAGACGCUGGUUUGUUUCUGUCAUUGGAGCUUUGCUUUCACUCUGAAAAGACGUGACUUUCUCAGAAGGACACUGUUCUCUUAGCACCACCUUCAACGCCACAUAGUCCAUGGAGGGACUCUGCCAGGCAGCCCCACCUAAGGAGCAUCUGUGGUCCUCAUAUAACUGCCUGGGGUGUGGUGACUCUCAGGAUGGGUGACAGGUGACGUAGUGUCAGUUGCUGGGACAUCAACCAUGAUGAUUUAUACCUACCAGGGUGACCUACAUCCCCACCCCAGCUGAACAGUGGCCCAUCCCAAAUUCAGCCCCUGUGCAGGCAUGGAUGUCCAAGUGCUGUUGACUGUAACAAGACUGAUUGAACAAGCUUGGCACGGUAUGCCCUAGACAUAGGGAGGAAGUUAAGAUUUUGUUCUGUGCCUGACUGGUACUGUAAGGCCUGUGCCUCUGCCUGAUAGCUGUGUGUUUUUACCUACAGACAUACAACCCCACAGAUUAUGAUUGCAGUGCGGGUGAGCUUUUUUGACAGAAAAAGUGUGUGUGCAAGAGAAAGAGGAACUACAGCUUCUGAGAAGUUUUGGGGUUUUUUAAACAGGAGGGAUAAAAAAAGAGAAGAAAAGCUUUAUCGCCUUAGUGAUGCUUCUAACACUUCAAAUGCACCAGCUGAGCAGACGGGAUUUUUUCCUAUCUGUAUGAGGCGGUUUAAGAACAACCUGAAAUAGAUUCAUGAGUGAGGGCUCUGCAGGGGUGUCCAUAGGGGAACUGCGGAGUUGGUGCCAGCUGCACUGGUAGCUGCCUUCUGCAAAAUGCAGAGUGCCUAGAGAAAGCAGAACUCACAUAUCAGCAUGCCCAAGACUGUGGGUGGCUUGGUCGAUUCUGUGGGGGCGAUGCUGCUUUCUCCAGCUCUCUCCCUACCCACUAGCCCCUGCUUUCACAGAGAGGAAGCCAGUGUUUGUUGCUUGAGUACAAUCUGUUAUCUUUGUGGCACUGCACAAGACCUUGUGAUUACCUUCCCGGGGUGUUGAUGGAUGUGAGAAAAUCUUCUGUGAGAUGUUUGAACCAUGGAGGUGGUUGCUGUCCAGUAGGGAUCAUCUGGUGUUGGUUGGUUACAGCAAAGGUUUGCUUCUUCUAACGAGCUCUGCUGCUGUUUAUACCCAGAACUUCCUUGCUCUGGUUUUCGUUGGCAAGGUCACCACUGGCUGCGGUGGGAACUGGCCCAAUGCAGUAGUUGCCCAACUUGGGUUAUGGUGACUGUCACUUGCCCUGUGACAUUAAAAGGUGACCUGAAGGACUAAUACCCAGCAGUCGGUUUUGGUCGCUGCCUCCUGGGGAAUUAAAAGUGCUCUGAGUCUGAUGCAUCACUAUGAAUUUAGCUGGCCUAAUUCUCUUUGGCCUUUGUGCUUAUGGAAACCAGGAGUGAAUCCCAAGGAAAGUACCUGCACGAGGGAUGCAAGACUGGGCUCCCGCUGUUGAAGCCCUACUGGGAAGGGUGCUGCAGUCACCCAGGGCUGCAGUUCAGGCCCAUCUGCUCCCUUUGAAGUAGUCACCCAGGAAUGAGCAGAGCUUCCAGUCCCUCUUUGGGCAGGUUGUCAGUCAUUAAAGCUAUGCUUUACUGUCUGCAAUUAUAAAUGUUCUGUUCUUCAAUGAGGUAUCAGGCUCUAAAAGAGACAUGUAGGUUGGAGAAUAUCAUUAUGUGGUGGCCCUUACCAGGGUUGCCAGGCCCACUGCUUCGAUGUAGUUUUUCCUCUGGUUCACAGCUUUCUUGGGGGGCUUGCAAGUUGAAGAAACCUCCUGGAAAAAUUCUGAAUUUUAUCUUCUCCAAACUUUUAUUGUUAGAUUUCCAUUAAAAUUUAGAACAAACCUAAUUAUUUUAUGGCAGAUAUUCAUACUUCAGGUGCUUACAGAAGCAGAGCAGAGCUCAGCUGGAUAAAUUAGGCUCCAAAAUCCCAUUGAUUUUUAACGAUAAGAAAUCAAGCUAAAUGUUGAGGGGAGUCUGACAAUUUUAUCAGAUAUCUGGUGUUAGGAACCAAAACAUGAUAGGGUUUAGAACCUUAUCAUUCUUACUGUGAAAUGAACAGCUCCAUUUCUGGAGAAACACUUAAUUUUAGGAGGUGUUUCACUGGGAUCUUCAAGUUCAAUACUUUUAUUAAGUUAAACAAGACUGCAGCACAGAGAAUAACGCUCAUCACUCCUUUUCCCACUCACUGCUAAUUAAUUUUUUACAAACCUGUGCUGGAACCUGCUGUAUGUGUCUCCAAAUCAGCUGAAAGCCAAACCAUUUGUAUUACUCAUUUCCUCGAUAAAUAUCUCUCCUCGAUUUCUUCAAGACAUGAGGAGAUGAAUGCAUCUGUCCUUGGCCAGGUGUUCCAAGCAAGACUCACCAAUUGCUUCAAACAGGCUGUCCUUGAAAGAAGCACAAUCUUAUUUGACAUUUUAUGGUGCUACGUAGAAGAAAUUGUAACAAUGAAUAUUACUUCUGGUGAGCAAUAGCACAGGGAGCCUAAGUUAUGUCGUUAUGUCUCUUUUAAUUCCUUAAGCUGAUUUGCAGUUAUAACUGAGAUGCUUUGCUUCAUAUUAACCAAGUUGGAUUCUUUUCCCCCUCCUAAUUUUGUGGGUUCUUUCCUGCUUUUUGUGUGUUGCUUUUGUGACUUUUCUCAGCCUAACAGAGGGAUAUCUACCCAUGUUCUGGAUCCACUCAACUGCUCUUUCACAGACUACUUCACCCCCUUCUUGCAAUGGAGUCUUCAGGAAGGUGGAAGCAGCUUUCAGGGAGCAAUCAGCUUGAAAUGUGUAGGGCUGCCAGGAUCCUGUGUCAGACUAGUCCUCAGCAUUGCAGAGUGGGAUGGCUGUGUAACAACACCAGUGCGCUUCCUGCCACUGCCAACACAGCCGUGGGUACCUCGUCUUCUGCUGCCUGUUGCAGAGGCACGAACUUGGCCAGAAUUGCUGCCCCCUAAAAACAGUGCCCAGUCAGUGAUGGGAGAGGGGAGGAGAACGGACCCCAAGAAGAGUGAGAGCACAGGGAGAAGGAGGGAUUUGGCAGGGGAGAACUGCCCCAGGAGCGCAGGUGGGUGAGUAGGUGCCUUGGGUUGAGCUCUUGGGCAGCUGCUCUCCUGGACGUUGCCCUCCCACCCCAGCCACUCACCCAGCGGACAGGGGAAGGAGGCAGCCCUUCCCUGGGGCAGCGAGGCUAUCCCCGCAGGGCAGAGUGCUCCCAGCCUCCUUCCCCUGGCAGUUUAAACACAGCUUGGCAGUGCUUCUGUCCCAUUUCCCUCCCCACCAUCACCUCUCCACCAACCUCCAGUUCCUUUCUGUCUUUCAUGAUAGUGCUAAUGAGAUCCCUGGAGGAGUUUUCCCUUUAAAAUUAAACAGAUCUCUCCGAGCCCAAAGAGCCUGAUGUCAGUCAGCAACAGAGCAAUGAACCCACGCAGAGCCACUUUAGGUCUGUCACUUGGAGGCCUCCUAUCUCCUGGCUCAGUGACAACUUCGCUGUUUCACUCCCUCAGCCAGGAAGACGUGUGCCUUUGUGCAUGUUUUCCACCCACUGGUUUGCCCGCUGAAGGGGUGGUUUGCUGCGGCGAUGUUGCUUGCUGACUGGGGAGGCCAUUCAUUCUCCAGUGUGGAUGUGUUCGAGGAAGCACAGAGAGCAGGAGGAAGGGAUGUGCUUAAGAUGACAGCACAUGGGCAAAGAAGAAAGAAGGAAGGACAGUUGGACUCUCAAAGGUCAACAUCAAGGUUCCUGGCUAAUGCGGUUACUCCAGUACAGCCACACUGCUUGCACUAGUUUUAGCAUUUGAUCUUCAGCAUUUCAGUUUGGAGAUAGCUCUUAGCUUACCAGCUCAGCUGCUGAGACCUCCCAUCUGCUCCCUUUCCAUGCCGGCCAGAUCCCAGCACGGGUGUGUGUCUUCUGUGCCCAUCGGAUUCCCGGCUGCAGUUUCACAUGGGACUGCUAUCCCUGCCUUGCUGCCUCCAGCAGAUUGGCACAGCUGUGGUGCUCUGCAGGUGUUUCCAGCAAAGGCAAUGGAAAUUUGGCUGCUGACUAACCAGAGCAGGAAGAGGCCCCGCUGGGCCAGCUGGCUGCAAAUUAUGGCCAAAAUCUUUGGACUUGGUGCAAUUUCUUUUUGCGAAUAGUUUUAUACUAGAAUUGUCUCGGUUUAGGUUGCUGUCCUUGAGUCAUUGUGGAAUUGAUACAUCUGGCUUCUCGCCGGUUCUGCUUGAUGUGCUGCUUGCUUGCUUUUAUGACAGGGUGUUGUACACAUGCUGAAGGGCACACCAAAUUUUGGAGCAGCCCCUCAGCUGUUCCCCAAGCUACUCAAGUUAAUGGUGCUAGGGGAAAAAAAGGAGGUGAGGACCCAGCAUAAUUUCUGUAGUAGUAAAUGUAUCCACAGAUGCUGGUCUGUCAGAAUCCAUCCUGCAGGCAAAAAUUAUGGAGAAAGGUAAUACCCACUGCUUCAGCCGUAGAUACAGCUGGAAAAACAAGUGUGCUCUUGAGUGUGCUAUCAGUAAUUACAGUAACAGUACUAGCCUCUCCCUGCCAGCUCGCGCUGCUUAGCCACCACAGACCUGUCACAGCUACAAGGGCAUUAAUACUGACGGAUGUAGGGAGCUGUUGCUAAGGUUGUACAGGGAGGGAGGAAGAUCUUCCGAUGUUUGAAUCCAAUGUUAUUGCCUAUAUUUUUUCGCCAGCAUUUAUGAUGUACCACACAGUUACAUGCGAGUUGCUAUGCAAAAACUUUUAACUAACAUUUUAAGAGAAACAACCUCUCAGAAAGAGGGAGCUGGAGAAGUCAGUCUGUAUCCCUUCAGCUGCUGUAUUGGGUUUGGUGAUGAAUUGAUCUGUGCUUUGGGUUAGCUUUAAAACCACCUGGUGUCCUAUUCAGAUAAAAUAAACAAACAAACAAAAAAGCCAAAUGCAUUCAAUUUCCACAAAGAAAGCUUGGAGCGAAAUACGAGGUGAGGCUCCUGUUCUUUAGGAGAGUCCUGCUGCUACUGAUAUUUGAGAGAUACCUGCUGGGUUUUGAUGGAAAAGAAGGUCUAAUGGACUCUAGUCUGACCCUAGUAGACCAGCCCCGGAGCCAGAUGUGGCCUUCCCCACUGAUAACAACUGUGAGGGAUCUGCCUGGAGCUGUGGGGAGAAAGGGUGCACGCAGGCUGCUCCUCCUGAGGCCCAGAAAAGCUUGAGCUCCUGGGUUUUUUAUCAGCUUUUUGAAUGAGGUUUAGAAGACAUUCAAGGGAAGAGCUGUUCAUGUGUUGUUAAUGAUGGCAAAAUGAGGCAGACUUUGUUUGGAAGGGGUGUGUCCACACUGGAAGUUAAUCUGGGGUCCUGGUGUGGGGGGAUCAUGCUGCUUCUCUACACACCAGGGGCCAGAGGGAAGGUGAGAUGCCUCCGGAGAGGUCAUGCGUCUGCUUCAGCUCCUCUGGGCUCUUGGGGCUGUGCAGCCGCUGCCUUUAACAGCGCAGUUUUCUUAUUAGAAACUUCUGAUGCAGCAAGAAAAGGGGUAAGAGGACUCAUUACUCUUCAGCCCUUUAGGAAAUGUGAUGCAAGCAAUGACAAAACAGAGAAUAGGCGGCUGCUGAAAGAGCAUGAAGAUAGAUACCAGUAGAGGAGACAUGAAACUGAUUUUUAAAGAGCAAUGUAGGCAGAACAGGCUGGAUGCAGCUGAAAAAUUUUGAUCAUGACUCACAUCUACAAAUCUUGGCUGGCAUCUCACAGAGGACGUGGUAAACUCUCUGUUACUGGAACACGCAGUCUUCUGGGAGGUUUGCACCCCUCAUGGUCAGGAGCCUGCAGUUGUUCUUUACGCUGCUCACUUCCAGGUACAAUAUUCAGCUCUGCCAAAAAUAGAUGUGUGUCUCAUGCUGAGACAGAAGGAAGGGCAAAGACAGAGCCCUUUGGAAUAAACAUCUCUUGAGUAGGUGAUAAAUUUGAAGCAGAUCUCAUCUAGAGGAGAGGGUUUUUUUUUCUUAUCUGUAUUUGUUUUCUUUGGAGUAUGAGCCUGAUUCCUGUGUCCACACUGAUUUGCACGGUGAUUGAGAGACUAAGUUUUGGGAAGGGGUAAAUUACCUACAAGGAAGAGGGGGUUCCUCUCAGUUCAGCACUUGUUCAGGUGGGUGAUAAUCUGGGAUGUGGCUUGGAAAUAGUUGGCCAAAUGGUUGGAAAUGCUACUGCAGAGCACUUCUGAGAUCACUGCCUUCACAGACAGAGCCGCCACACUUGUUGCAAAAUGGAGAGGAAAUGUGUGGCCUUUGCAAAUAAAACCAAAAAUUAUGCGCUUGGGACAGCUUCCUAGAAAACAAGUGAAAGUUCAUGAAGCUUGAAAUUCCCCCUGGGAUGGGAAGGAUUAUAGAUCUGGGAUAUCCAAGUUCAGGUAGUUGCAGCGGUUACAUACAGAAAGGCCUUGCGCUGUGGUUACUUUUCACACCUGAAGUCAAAGGCAUGAAUCAACCCAUGCUCUAACCCCAAAGGCCCGAUGCUUUUGAAGUGACUUAAUUCUCCCUCUGCCCUAUCCCACGUAUAGAAAAGGAAGAACACUCCCAUGCAGAUGUUCCUGCCCUUAGAUACGUCCCAGUGUUCAUGUUGCGGCUUUGCUGCUGCCAUGACCCCGAUGCACUACUGACUUUAUACUGUCUGGGUAUCUGCUACUAUGUGAAAUACCUGCUUUCUCCUGCCAUGUUGCUAUUGUCUGAAUUUCAAAUAUUUCAAGAAUUUUCAGCCCUAUUGCCUUUUGGGUGGGGUUUUUUUUUGCCUUCUGUGACCAGAAGCCACAGAAGCGUGGCCAUAGGCUCAUUGGUUUUGGUCUAACUCUGCUUAGCUGCUGUCGAAGGACUGAAGUAGUGGCCAGGAAGCAUGGCCAUCCAUGGGUGGAUAGGUGAUGCCUCCUUCCAAGCAAAGAACAGUUUUUUCUGGAUUAAGUACCAGGAGUGGUAUGAGGCCCUCACAGAAAUGUAUCACUUCUGUGUAUUUCUCCCCAGCCUGUGCAAUAACCUUUGGGAAACUUUCUUUCAGAGAGAUGAAGUGCUUUCCUCUCUGCCUGGCUUGCACUUGACUUAGCUUUGACACCUUCUGUGGUUUCAUAACUCGGUAAAGCACAAAUAAUCUUCUCA